AUGUUGAAAUUUCCUCCUCUCAUUUACAGAAUGUUCGAGAUUGUGACGUUUAAUAUUAGUUGCGGUGGAUAUUGGGUGAAGAAAAGAACCGGUGAUGUUGGGUAUAUUGGUGGAGAUGUGAAAACAAUUGAGUGCAAACCGACAGAGUUGUUCACAUUGUUAUCAUAUGAGUUUGGAGAGGGAUUAUAUAUCAACAAGUUGUGGUACACGCUUCCUUUUGAGGAUCACAAGGAUAGAAAGAAACUGAGCUAUGUUAGAGAUGAUGCUUUUAAAGAGAUGUGUGAAGCUGAUGAAGAUUUCGACUAUCAUAACACACCUCCCAAUUCUGAUGGCGAGGAAGAAGAAGAGCCUUUGUUGAGAUUCAAACCAGGCAGUGGUCACCUAGAGCUAAAGCAAGUGUUCGACACCAUUGAAGAUUUCAAAGAUGCAUUGGUUGAGUAUGCAUUGAAGGGAGGGUGGAACAUUAAGUUGAACAAAUGGGGGGGCAUUAAAUCUGGGGCUGUGUGUGGGACUGAAGACAACUGCCCAUGGAGAAUCUAUUGCUCUUAUGAAGAGAGAUAUGGGAAGUGGAUGGUGAAGACAUAUGAAGCUGACCACAAAUGCCAAAAGGAUGGGUAUAGUAAGAUAUUAAAGUCGGGUGUGAUCAUGAAGAUCUUCAUGGACGAGAUUAGGAAUGAUAUCGAUUUGAAGCCUAAGUAUAUUCAAGAGCAGAUUGAGCAAAGGUUCAACUUGAUAACCACAAUUGACAAGUGUAAGAAUGCGAAGAAGAUGGCAAAAAUCAUCAUCAACCGUGACCAUGAAGAGCAGUUUAGUAGGCUAAAAGACUACCGACUUGCGAUUCUGGCUACCAAUCCAGGAUCAACUGUCGUGCUAGACACGGUCUUAAAUGAUGAUGGAGCUGAAGUGUUUCAAAGAUUCUAUGUGUGUUUUGAAACCAUCAAAAAGCUGUGGACUAUGUGGUGUCGGCCUAUAUUUGGAUUGGAUGGAUGCUUCCUCAAAUGCACACUGAAAGGUCAACUCUUGGCUGCUGUAGGAAGAGAUGCAAAUAAUGGAAUGUACCCAAUUGCUUGGGCUGUUGUUGAUGUGGAGAACGAGGAUAACUGGACUUGGUUCCUACAGAAGCUGCAGUUUGAUUUUAACCUACAAGGAGGUCAAAAUUUCACCAUAAUAUCUGAUAGACAAAAGGUAUCACUUGAUUUUGUUGAGUCAAAGAUGUGUGCUCGCCAUAUAUAUGGCAAUCUGAAAAAACUCUUCCCGCGCCAAGCCGAGAUGAAGACUCUGUUUUGGAGAGUAGCUGAGAGCACCACAGUUCGUGAGUAUGAAGCUAGUAUUGCGGCGGUCCAAAGGUAUGAUAUGCGUAUCUAUGAAGCCAUGAUGGAGAAAAAUCCCAAGAAUUGCAGUCUCGCUUUCUGCUCUCCGAUGUCUUCUUGUUUGGAUGUACACAACAACAUCUCAGAGUCAUUCAACAACGCCAUUGAUCCUGCUAGAUACAUGCCGAUGGUUGAGAUGCUUGAAACUAUUAGAAGAACAACAAUGGUCCGUAUUGAUCUGAGAAAGAGGAUUGCAGCUGACAAUGAUAGGAGGUUCCCUUUUAGAAUCACAAAGAUCAUAGAGGCUGAGCAGAGAAAGCUGAAGUAUUGUAAGAUGAUCCCGGGUGGUGAUGGUAGAUGUGAGGUGAAAGAGGCGAGCAUAUCUUACAGCGUGAAUAUGAGGCAGCGGACAUGUGCAUGCCGUAAAUGGGAACUAGGUGGUAUUCCUUGUCGCCAUGCAUUACGUGUGAUCACCGAGAAGAAGCUGAAUUAUGAAGAUUAUAUUUCUAGUUGGUACCUCAACACAAGGCAGCAACAAAUUUAUAGUGAUUCAAUUAGGCCGGUGAAUGGAAUGCGUUUUUGGGAACAAACCGGUACCAUUGUUAUUCCACCUCCUAGCUUGGAAGAAGAACUCGAGAACAGGAAAGGAAGGAAGCCAAAACCAAAGAGGAAGAAAGGGAAAAACGAGUCACCAACAAAGAAGAAGGUCAACCGAAGUGGUAGAGUGAUGCAUUGUAGUCGAUGUGGCGGUGAAAAUCACAAUAUUACGAAGUGCCCACGUCCAGGAGUGCCAAAGAAGAGACCACCCCCAAUAAAGAAGACAAGAACGAUGGCAGAAAAUGAGCAAGACUUCAUGAAUUGUGAUGACUUUGCUGGACCAAGUCAGCCAACACAAGAAUAA